AUGCAUCAUCUGGACUUUGGCAGACAUUCCGACGGCGGACCCGGUAUUGGUGGUGGAUCUAUCGCACUCGGCAUUCACGGCGGCUCCAAUAUGGGUAUCACGUCCCCGUACGACGCACUACAUACGGUGGCCACCAGUGUCGCCGCUGACAUGGCUGUCGAUUUCCAUCAUCAUUACACCCCGACGGAGUACUGGAACUCGACGCCGUACAAAAAUGGUUCCACCCCAAUGAAGGAAAUCGAAGCCUGCCUGCAGAACGCAAACAAAAGCCAAUACAAUCCUCUGGAGCAAGUCGAGCAGCUCAGCAUCAAUUGUGAUAGUGAUAGUCUUCAUAGCAACAGUAGUAUUCUAACAAAUACCAACAAUAAUAACUCGUUAAGUAGCAAUAAAAAUCUCAACGGCACCGAGGGCAGCGCCUCGGGGGGUAAAAGUAGCUCCACCGGCGGUGCCGGCAGUCCGAACGGUAACGUUAAUGGAAUUGCCAGCAAAACGCUAUCGAAUAACAGCAAAAAAUCGAACACCGCCGACGAUAAACCUUAUCAUCCAUCGCUCGCCAGCGUCAUGGUCAUGCUGGAGGGUAAACAUUUAUGGGAUAAAUUCCACGAACAGGGCACCGAAAUGAUCGUAACCAAGGCCGGCCGGCGGAUGUUUCCCACCUUUCAAGUAAAGGUUGUUGGUCUGGAGCUUACCGCGGAAUACCUCAUGAUAAUGGAUUUCGUUCCGCUGGAUGAUAAACGCUAUCGAUAUGCUUUCCACACUUCCAGUUGGGUAGUGGCCGGCAAAGCAGACCCCGUUUCGCCACCCCGGAUAAGCGUUCAUCCCGAUUCACCCGCCACCGGUGCCACCUGGAUGAAGCAAACUAUUUCGUUCGACAAGCUAAAACUGACCAACAAUCAGUUAGACGAUAAUGGACAUAUCAUCCUCAACUCGAUGCAUCGGUACCAGCCGCGGCUUCAUGUUUGUCACUUUUCCCGCACAAACAGCCACGGCGCUGUCAAAGACGAAAAAGACAGGUUGACCCAUCGGACGUUCAUCUUUCCAGAAACAUCAUUCACCGCGGUCACGGCCUACCAGAAUCAGCGGGUUACGCAGUUGAAAAUAGUUAGUAACCCUUUCGCCAAAGGCUUCCGAGACAACGAAACUAAUGAAGACUCUCAGGACAGGAUUACAUCUAUAAAUGAUCGAAUGAAAAAUGAUCGUGGAAACACAGGUUAUAAAAAGGAAUCCGAAACAGCAAAUACAGCUUCGAUGACAACAACGGCGGUAACGCCGAUGACAGGUCCCGCAAUAUCCCCCAGUUCUACUGGCAGCAACGGUGGAACACCUACAACCAACGGAGGCGGAUCGAGUGGUCUCACUAGCGGAUCUGGCAUGUUCCAGGCUGCCUUAGUAAGUCCGUCAACAGGUCUGUCGCCGUAUGCUAUCAGUCCGCACACCAAUCCGACAAUACUAGGCCAGCCAUACGCAACGGAACCGAGCGGUUUCGGUCCGAUUUAUCAUCAUCAUCAUCACCAUCAUCACGGUCACAGUCCGCUAUCAACGCACCACGCAACCUAUAUGAGUUCCUUUGACAAGUACGAUAAAUACAAAAUGGCAUCGACAACUCCGCCACAUCACACCAACCAUCCGGUAUCGGCCACACCCACCUACAGCAGUCAUUAUCAAGGAUUCUACGGAACACCCACCAGCACUCAUCAUCAGCUGAUGAGACAGAACAAUAGUUGUAUAGACUAUGUGCAGAGAUAA